CGGGUGCCGGGGACCGGGAGCCGCGGCGCCGGGGGGCAGGAGGCCCUCGAUGAAAUUCAAACUGAGGCGCCGCCGCGGCCCCGCGCGUGCAGUGAGCUGAGCCCCGCCCCCUCCGGCGCCCGCCCCGCCCCCUUCCGCGCCGAGCCCCGCCCCUGUCGUCCCCAGGGCCUGCGGCGGUACCGGGCCGCGUUGCGGGACCUCUCCUUUUCCCUCGGGCCGGAGCGGCGCGUCGGGGCUUUUGACAAGAAAGGACUAUAUCUAAUGUCCUGAAUCACUGAGGAUGCCAAAGCUUGGAUAAUAUGGCAGCAUGAAUAGAGGCCAAGCAGCCGCUGUUUCCUGGAGAGUGAGGAUGAAGUGCAUGGUAUUUCCAAAAGCAUGGCACGCAGUGAUGACAGAAAUUCUUCCUGUAUGGAUCAGCCUUCUAGUGAUGGUGAAACUGGAAGACCACCACUCUAAGCAAACCCAGGAUGAAUCGGGUGCCAGGUGAUGCAGAAAAUGCUCACAGUAGCCAUGUGGAAUCCUGUCCUUCCUUGCGGGAUGUCCACUCCAUCAACCCAGCGCAGCUGAUGGCAAGGAUUGAGUCAUAUGAAGGCAGAGAGAAGAAAGGCAUAUCGGAUGUCAGAAGGACUUUCUGUUUGUUUGUUACAUUUGAUCUCUUAUUCAUAACCUUGCUGUGGAUAAUAGAAUUAAAUGUGAAAGGAGGCAUUGAGACUACCUUAGAGAAAGAAGUCCUACAGUAUGACUACUCUUCUUCAUAUUUUGAUAUAUUUCUACUGGCAGUCUUUCGAUUUAAGGUGUUAAUACUUGCAUAUGCAAUGUGCAGACUGCGCCAUUGGUGGGCAAUAGCUUUUACAACAGCAGUGACCAGUGCCUUUUUAUUAGCAAAAGUAAUUAUUUCACAGCUGUUCUCACAGGGUGCAUUUGGCUAUGUGCUGCCCAUCAUAUCCUUCAUACUUGCCUGGAUUGAAACUUGGUUCUUGGACUUUAAAGUGUUACCGCAAGAAGCUGAAGAAGAAAACAGAUUUUUGAUAGCACAGGAUGCUUCUGAACGAGCAGCUCUUCUUCACCCAGGAGUCCUCUCUGACGGGCAGUUCUAUUCUCCUCCUGAAUCUGUGGCAGGAUCCGAUGAAGACUCAGAAGAAAAACAAGACAGUGAAAAACCCGUCGUAUAGCAAAUACAAAAAAGCAG